CCCACAAUAAAAACAAAAACACAACCCAUCUCUUCUCAAAUAUCGCGCACGCGCCAUAAUCUUCCAACACUACUUACUCCCCCCAAACGCACAAAAAAUCCAUAUGGACUACGAAACUAUCGUCAUUCCUCACAAAGCCGAAAGCGUCACUAGCACCACUAGCUCGACAGAUCAACCACCUUCUUUAUACUCUGGGUCGAGUAUAUGCGACGCUGACUCACCCAUGAUGCAGGAACCAGAUUUUCCGGCGAUUCAGAUCCCCCAUGAUGAUGAUCAAAAGGCGUAUUUUGUCGACGACUAUCGCAAGAACUCGAUGAUUUCACAAUGCAACCAUGUGACGAUACCCGCUUCGCCUGGACCCGUGUACAAUCCACAGCCACUGUUGACAAAGAAACGCCGUGCAUCAUCCACUGCAUCUUCCGCGGAAGCAGGCGACGAUCUUGAGAGGGAAGAGAAACGGUUCAAGGCUACUGUUACUACUACUCCGAGUCUUAUCAUCCCUACCACCACUACCUCCACCAGCGCUUCCACCACGACGGAUUCAACCUCGCCUUCGGCCAUUGUUCCUCCCAAUCGCGAGCUCUUGACCGAGGAAGAAAAGCGUGCCAACCAUAUUGCCUCGGAGCAAAAGCGACGCAACACCAUUCGCAACGGCUUCAAGGAAAUGACCGAACUCAUUCCUACGCUCAAGAACAUUAACAACUCCAAAUCGACAAUCCUGUUCAAGGCGGUUGAGUACAUUCGACAUCUUGAGAAACGCAACCGGAAUAUGCGUGAGAAGAUUAGUGCCCUGCAUAUGCGUGUCGAGGUCAAGCGUAGCAUGGGAACGUUGAACACGAGUAAUAAUAAUAACAACAAUACCAACAACAAUGAGGUACAAUGGCCCGCGCCAUCAAAUACUUCGGGUGCCGGUGUUACGAGCAUGCUCAGCAACCACGACGCGCCAGCAACGAUGCCAUGGCUGCCGCUCUGAUGGCUCACAAGAGUCAGCAACAGAAGCAAUUGGAAUUGUUGCAGGAGCAGCUACGGAUACAACAGGAACUUUUGGCGAAGC